AUGAAGCAGAUGGAGCUGGCCAGGCAGACACAAGAAACGUUCCAGGACCAGUACCAAAACCAAGUCGAGCUGCACACGAAGCAGAAUGAGAUGCAAGAGCAGCUCCAGGAGCAGUACAAUACGGUGUCAGAGCAGUACAGGCUGCUUCAGGAGGCCUCUGUGGCGAUGGGUGUGCAAAACAAGAAGAUUGAGGCUCUCGAAGAGAAGAUUGGAUCGCGGGCCAGCUCAAGAUGGGGGUGGUUCGCCGAAAAGGGAGGCGGCCAAGCUGAUGUGGACAUGUCGGGCCAAGGUGAGAUGCCACCCACACCCAGCGCCCCAGUCAUCGCUACCGGAGCCAAUCUGCCGAUACCACCUCUCUACAGAGGCACGACCACGUUAGACAUGAGGGCGUUCAUGGAUGCGUAUAUGGUCUACGAGAGACGGGUCAGAGCGCUAAGUUCAGGAACGUCGGCGCGAGUGUACCUGAUGCCAUUGCGUCUCUGCAUCGAACAGAAGACGUUGGUGCGUAUCUGCGCGUAUGAACUCUGCAAAGCAGAGGAGGACGUCAGUGACACGGAGUGGAAGGAGUAUUUCCUGCCGGCACGAACGACAUUGCGCCGUGACUACUCCCAGCUACAAGCCGACAUGAAGAAGUUGGAGAUGAAGGCGACGUACCAAGACGCGGAGUCGCGCUUGGUAACGCUGCUGUCUGACUUCCAUGCGAUCCUGGACUAG